UUAUUCCUAAUAGUAGCGUGGAUAUCCUAAUUUAGGUAGGUAGUCAAUGCAACUGGGAUUCGACAUGCGACAGCUGAAGAAGAUUGGAUCUUCGUAAAGAGUCGUCAUUCGUCAAAACAUAGUGGCUUACAUGACUGUAUGCGGCGCAGCCUGCCAGCUCAGCUUUAGGAUCUCUAUCCAAGUACCGUGCAUGAGAUGAGGGUGCUCUUCGGCAUACGUAUAUACUAUAUAGUCUGAAGGGGCGGAUACAAAUAUGUAAGAACUGACUUUCAAGAAAGCUUGGCCUGAGAUAAUUGUUUCUUGGCCUCUUAUAUCACCAAUCGAGAGCCCGCUUGGCAACUUGGCAGCUCGAUUCUUCAGCCCUACGAGUUACUCUCGCCAAGAGUCUUCACUAAUACGAUUAAGAUAUGGAAGCAUCUGAGUUGCCCGAAUUACACGGAGAGCCGACACAAUGUGAGAAAGUCGGCGAGGCCAUGCCCGAUAUUGCGGGUUACGGAGUCUUAAUCGGGUUCAGCGUGCAAGCUUUCAUCUCACUAGUAUUGUCUAUCUGGGCGUUUUUCCUAACCAAAUUCGGUCGCCUCGAAGUCCAAGGUGAAGAGGGCACCGCGCAACAUGCGAACGAGAAAAAGCGACUCGGGUUCGUAACUGAAAUAUUAAUGAUUGGAAACGAUUUGCAAAUGAUCACUGGACUCGCACUUAUCAGUACGGCACUUUCAAGCUGGAGAGAAAUCGACUUAUAUCAUCUGCACUUAGUUUACGACACUGUUAGUUUCGUCGGUGUUUCAAAUGCGGCGGCGCUCGUUUGCUGGACCUUCAUGAGAGCUAAAUCGCAUGAAUCGCGAUCUCGUCAUAAGAUAUUCCCGGCUUACUGGACCGGUCGCUUCCGCGUUUCAUACGCCUUUGCGGUCUUGUUCUUAGGACUCACCAUCUUCCUCGAAAUCCGACUAGAUGAAUGGUCACUUACCGCAGAAGAGGCCGGUCACUGUUAUAUAACGACGGGUCUCGCAGUGCCAGGAGCUGACCACCCAACAACCGAUAAGGCAUAUGUGGCGGUCACGGCGGUAUGGCUUUUACUCGUCAUGUUUGGUUCCUUGUUCGCCUCGGUAAAAUUCCGAAAACCGUUGCUGCUGCUCAGCGCACUACAAUUUCCGGUACACCUCUACAUGAUGAUCAAGUUGCGAAUGGAAAACUACCCUUAUCUGGAGGGCGAGGAUGAGAAUAGAUGGGAUUUUGGACAGACAACUGCUAUCAUAUUGCUUGCUGUCACAGUUUCUGAAUUAAUCCACCAGGGGAUCGAGUAUAUUAAAUUCGAAAUUGCCUUGAAAAAAUACGGUAUUUCAUAUGCGUUAGCUCAAAAGGAUGAACUUUCUGAGGUACCCUCGCUGGUUGAGCAGGGCCUUAGACAGAUCCAGGAGGCGAAGCUGAACGCGAGCAGCGUUCGUCUUGAGAGAAGCAGCGAAACAAGCCGGCAUGAGGAGAGCCACGAGCUGAUAGAGGACCCUGAACACAGAGCUUGAGUUGAAUUUCGACUGGAAUGAUGGAGAGAACAUGAGUCCGUUGAGGGUAUGCUUGGGUAAUGUUGCUUGCGUACCUUACUAAGGUUAAGAGGACGCAUGUGACUAAGUGUCGGGUUUUGAAUGAAGAACCGUGAUAGCCGAAGAAAUAAUGGCUUGGGGGUUUUGCGUAUAUCCUCAGAAAUGACUUAUUUGGAUAUGGACUUAUAAACGACUACGGUGUAGUUAGCCAGU